ACGCAGCGUCCUCCCCACAUCCCGCGGCACGAAUGGUCCGGCCUGCAUCCGCCUAGUUGCAACUAGUUGGUGGUUGCUGGAUGCGCACGCCUAGCACGCGUCGCUAGAGCCCAGUGCUUGGGCUGAGUCCCCUUGAGCGGGUUCCCGGGGCCCUGGGCUUUCCAGGCUGUAGAUUAGGACCUUGGAUGAAGUGCACUCCGCGGGUGCCCAUGCACCCCCGCCGAGGGGUCCAGACUUGGGGAGAAGGAGGCGCGGGGAGGGGAUGCCGAUGGUCGUACCCAACGCCUGCCAACCAACAUGCUCAGGGAGCCCCCGAGACAGCCUGGCGGGCAGAGCGCCUGCGCUGUCACCCAAGGCCACACGCAGCGUGAAGCUCCCGGUGGAGCCGGCCGUCCGUGGGAUGCAGGCCCUCCGCCUUCAGCACCCACGCCGGGGCGGCUGUCGGGUCAAGGCCAGGGCCUCGUAUGUAGAUGAGACGCUGUUUGGCAGCCUUGUGGGCACCCGGCCCACCUUACCAGAAUUUGACCCACCCUGGGUGCAGAAGACUGACAGAACCAGAGGAGCGGGCGCCAGGGCGUUACAGAGUUCACCAGGCAAGGGGAGCCAGGAGACCGCCCCCUCUGAGGGCAGCACCCCAACCCUCACGCCGAGGAAGAAGAACAGAUACCGGCUGACCGGCCACACUCCGUCUUACUGUGACGAGUCCCUCUUUGGCUGUCGGCCCGAGGGUGCCAGCUGGGAGGCCUCUCGCCUGGCGAAGGGGGAUGCUUCGAAGCUCCACAGCCUCUUCUGGACACCGCCUGCCACGCCCAGGGGCAGUGACUCUCCCCGCCCCAGGGAAGCCCCACUGCGCGCUGUUCAUCCAGGCCAUCCCUCCACGGCGCGGCCCCGAGGGGCAGCUGGCUCCCCCAGGCUGUCUCUGCGCAGCUCCGAUGCCCCGCGCCCUCUGAGGCGGGGGCGCUCCCAUUCCCUCACCUGCCUCAGCGUCCCCAGUGCUGGCCACCCAGUCGGUAGUGCCCCCCACACAAAUGGACCUCAGGACCCCAGGCCUCCCCCAGCAGGGGUGACCUUCCGGACUCCCCUGGUGACUCCCAGGGCUCACUCACUCAGUGCUUCAGUGCCACCUACCCCCCGGCGAGGCAGGGCCCCCCAGAUUCCAAGGCCCCCCUGGAGGUGAGCUGCCCUCACGGCUUUGUCUGUGGGGUCACGGGGAGGGAUGCAGCCCCUGCUGGGGGCCUCUGGGGAAACCAGCGUCUCCUGGUCCCCAUCAUUGGAGAAGUCCCCCCGCACGGAUAGGCUACACUUCCCCCUAUCCUGACAAUCUCUGCUUGUUCCUUGCCUUCUCCCUGCUGCAUCUGCGAGCUGCUCCUGAGACACUCCCUCUGGCCUGGCCUGGCCACAUGCAAACCAGCGCCAGUCCAGGGCCUCUGCCUCCCGUCGUCUGCUGGUCCUGUGUGAUUUGCCAGCCAGGAGGAGUCCUUCCCUCCUCCCUCCCUUUGAGCCAACCUCCUGCUCAGGACUCAGGGUCCUCCUGAAUCUGGAGGCAUUAGAGGAGCUUUCUUUGAAAUCUGUGUACUAGCUGGGUGUGGUGGCGCACGCCUGUAAUCCCAGCACUUGGGAGGCUGAGGCA